GUGACCUAGAGAGUUUGUGAAAGACAACCACAAUGGCAAUUACUUCAGCGACUCUUUUCAAGAUUAUCUUUGUUUUCUUCAUUCUCGUCACUCUUCUCACACCUCAAGCCGUGGCUGAUUGUGAAGCUCAAUCAGCAAACGCAUGCAACAACAAAAAGAAAGCCUUGCCUCUAAAACUCAUAGCCGUAUUUGCCAUUUUAGUUUGUAGCAUAAUUGGUGUCACACUACCCUUAGUGACACGUUCAAUCCCAGCUUUGAACCCUGAAAACGAUCUCUUCGUAAUUGUGAAAUGCUUUGCGGCUGGUAUAAUUCUAGGCACGGGCUUCAUGCACGUGCUUCCCGAUUCCUUUGACAUGUUGCGGUCUGAUUGCUUGAAGGAGAAACUGUGGCACGAGUUUCCAUUUUCGGGAUUUGUUGCUAUGUUCUCUGCUAUUAUAACGAUGAUGGUGGAUUCUUUGGCUACUAGUGCUUACACAAAGAAGAUUAGGACUGAGAUUAUUUCAUCUGAGAGCAACCCUGCAGGUGGUGGAGACCAAGAGAUGGGUGGUGUUGUUAACUUUGGCCACCACCACCCUGAUAACAAGACAGAAGGCCAAUCACAGCUUCUACGUUAUCGUGUUAUUGCCAUGUUUUCACCAACUAACCUUAGCAAAUUAUUGGUUGCAUCUACGGAUUCACAUAUCUGUAUACUUUUUGGAGAUGACAUAAUCUACAAAUUCAAGGGUAGGUUUACACAUGUUUUCCUUAUCUAAAAACUCUUUUUGAAGCGCAUCCCAUCCCUAUGUCUGAUUCCUCUCUUGCUACAUCUUUUUAAGACAAAGCUUACAUGCAUAGAAACUCGUAGUGUUGUUCUGGAAUAAAAAUUAGAGUUUUAUAUCACUAAUCUGCAUAUUAAGGUUUGCAUUAAAUAUCAACUUAGGUUACCAAGGUAGAACUCCUAUUCAAAUUGGAGAACAGCACCAAAAACACUCCGAGAGCUUAAAUCACAUCUUUCCUUUCUCAUUUGUCCUUAGGUAACUAAAUUUUUUUGCCACAAUCUAAGGUUGCUCUUAAAUUACAGUCAAAUUGUUUUAACAAUAUAUUAAACCAAAAUUAAAAAAAUCUAGUAGGUUAAAUAAAUAUUAUUUUCAACACAAUUAAUGACAAAUUUUUAAUUAUAUUUUUGAGACAUCAUAACAAAUUACCUACAAGAAAAUAAUUUGAUUAGGUAAUUUAGAGUUGAUAGGUUUUAUUUUGAUUGGAUGGAUAAAAGCAUGACAAUUAGUAAAUACUAUAGCAGUAACUCUUCAAAUGUCAUUGAUUGCAGGGACAACAUAUUUGGUAUAUCUUGUUUGUUCCAAUUUCAUUGCUUAAAUUGCAUUUGGAUAAGUUUAUUCUUGUUCCUUUAAUUUUCACUCUUUUAUGCUUUCAUGCUUGUUUGAUAUUGGACUUGAUUUACAUUUUCAAUGCAUUGCCAUGAUUGACCUCUCUGAAUAAUUGUUUCUUUUUCUGGAAUUACAUAACCUUAAAAGUGAGCAUGCCAAUAUUAUUGACUAACUAUUAUUUUAUA